AGAAUAAAAAGUGAAAGAUUAUUUUUCAAGGGAAGCAUACACUGAGCAAGACGUUCGACACCCUUGAUCAUCUGAAGUUACACAUCUUCACUCAAUGGUCCAUCUUCAUCUUUUUUUGUAUGGAUAUAGGCUCCACAAUGAAAACAAGCACAGAGCACGCCUACAUCUAUUCUGAAGAUGAAUUUGACUACAACAGUUCAUCAGAACAUGCUCCAUGUAUUAAGGACAACAUUGGGUCUACCUUCCUCCCAACAGUCUACUCCUUACUGUUUGUGACAGGACUUAUAGGGAAUGCUCUUGUUUUGUGGGUAUUGAUCAGAUGUGUAAAACUAAGGAGCAUGACUGAUGUUUCUCUUCUGAAUUUGGCAGUUUCCAAUUUGUUGUUUGUUUUCUCACUUCCAUUCCUGGCAUAUUAUGCAAAAGAUCAGUGGCUUUUUGGGGACAUGAUGUGUAAAAUAGUCCGAGGGUGUUACAGUAUUGGCUUCUACAGUGGUAUCUUUUUUGUAACCCUGAUGAGCAUAGACAGGUAUCUUGCAAUAGUCCAUGCAGUGUAUGCACUAAGAACUAGAACAGUGAAGUAUGGCACCAUUGCAAGCAUUGUGGUUUGGAUAGCAUCCUUCUUGGUUUCAUUUCCAGAGAUAACAUACAAUCAAGAGAUCACUGACAACAUAACUACGUGCAGACCUAAGUAUCCAGAUUCCAGUAUAAAAACCCUGAAAGCACUUCAUAUUUUUAAAAUGAAUGUACUGGGGCUGCUGAUCCCAUUUGGCAUCAUGGUUUUCUGUUAUUCAUGUAUCAGAAAAAAAUUACUGAGUUGCAGAUCCGUCAAAAAGCAAACCAUUAAACUUGUUUUUUUAGUAGUCAUAGUAUUUUUCUUUUUCUGGACUCCAUAUAAUAUUGUUUCCUUUUUGGAUGCUUUACAGGUCUUUCAUGUAUUUGAUGAUUGUGAAACAAAUAAGAGACUUGACUUAAGCCUUCAGGUCACAGAGUCAAUAGCCUAUGUCCACAGUUGUUUGAAUCCAUUGAUCUAUGUGUUUGCUGGGGAAAAGUUUAGGAGGCACCUCUCCAGACUGCUAUUCAGAUUUACAGACUGUAAGGGAUUAAGAAGCUUGCAACCAACCACUAUUUCAGUGUACUCAAAAUCAACCAGCAUAGCUGAACAUUCCUCAGGCGUAUAAAAUGGAAUACUGUCCACCAAUAUGCUGGAUGAAUUUGGAAAGCCAAUCAAAAUGCUUCAGUGUCUUAAAUAUAGUACAUUUCUACAUAUGAAUAUAUAGUAUUCCAUGCACAUUUUUAUUAGAUGAAAGAGUCAUAUCACCAGUAAUCAUCAAAGUAUAUAAAAAAGGUAUAGGAUCAAUAUGCAAGUGCAUUUAAUCUAAUCUUAUUUUUCCCAUUGCAGUGGAUUUGAAGGGCAAAGUAUAUAUGCUAAAUAUACAUCAGGUGGAUUUAUAAUGACUUAUCAAAUCAUAAAAAAAGAGCUACAACCUCAUUACACUUGACCCCGCCAAGUGCUUUGUGGGAUUUCACACAUCAGUCAAAUCUAGAUGUGCUGAGAAAGCUGCGGUGGUCAUACAGAGUAAGAGUGGUUUCAAUGAUUUGGUGGCACAAUAGUUAAGUCAUUCAAGUUUUGUAAUGGUUGUUAUAUGGCUUUCUGGGAUAUAAAAAACUGUACUGUACUAAAUCAUAAUUGAUAAUUGGCCCAUUUCCAUUGUGAAUAAGAACUAAUUGUAAUUCCAUGCAUCAAGUUUUUUAUCUAAAUGUACUCAUGUAUAAGUUUCUUUUUUAAUACACUGUUGUAAAAAUUUU